CCCCAAGUGCAAAGGGACAAAUCCGCUUUUCUUUUCUCUUCUUAUCUUUUAAGAAUACCAUACAAGUUGCCUAAAAGAAGGGUGAGAAGACACAUAAUGAAUGCUAGGUAAACAGGAGCUCUGAAUCUCCGAGGCCGGGCUCCUUCUGAAUUCUUGAGCUCAAGGAUGCGCUCUGCCGGCUCCCACUCUUCCAAGGUGCAAGCGGGUGGUUUACUCCCCCACCCAGGACAGUUCAAAUAGAUACAAAGAGCCACGCUCCAAAUCAGAAGGAGAUCUCUGGGGCCAUAAACCAAGAAGGAACUCAAAGUCAAGGCGAUGAGUAGGAUCUGAAGCAAGGAGGCUCCCAAGCACAGGUUUAAUUUUCCGCGGCUGGAGACGGGCUGGAACGCUGUCAUGGGAAAAGGGGUCUGCUGUGUAGGCACUGAGCAUGGGGGGAGCUGGAAACGAACCAUCUGCAGGAAGCUGGGGGUGACCCCUUCGCCUCCUCUUUGAGCUGAGGACGAGGAACUACAGACAAGUGAGGAGGUUUUCAGCCACGUAGGGGUAUCGUCGAAAAUGAGCCAAGCAAAAGAAACUGAAAGGUGAUGACCUCGACUGUGCCCUUGUGGCUCUUCCCAAUCCACGUUGCUUAUUGUCCAAAGUGAGUUAUGGAAUAGUCCACACUGCAUGGCAGCAGGUGAAAAACAUCUGGGGAAAGAACAUGAUGGCCACCAUGACGGAAUUGAGUCCCACAGCAGGGAAGACUAAAUACUCCCAAGAUACACGAGUGGAUGAGAGUCUCGUUCCCAAGAAAGUUCUAAGCUUCCGCUCCACUCGCUAUGGAAUAGCCUUUAUCGCACAUUUCUGCAAUUUUAUACUGACGGCACAGUAUGCUGCCAUCAACAUCAGCAUGGUGGCCAUGGUCAACGGCACAAGCCAUCAGUCCCAGUUUAAUGGCUCCACCGAGAGUUUGCCUCUUGACGCACUUGGUGGCUCAAAUGAUGCACCAAACAGUCUUCCAGCAGAGGCCCCUGUGUAUGACUGGAGCCCUCAAAUCCAAGGCAUCAUUUUUGGUUCUGUCAACUAUGGCAUGAUGCUGACAACGGCUCCCAGCGGAUACCUGGCUGGAAGAAUAGGAACAAAGCGUGUGGUUGGCGUUUCUUUGGUUGUGUCCUCCCUUCUCGUUAUCUUCACCCCGCUGGCGGCUGACCUGGGGCUAGCCUUCCUCAUUGCAACUCGAAUAGUCCAGGGCCUAGCCCAGGGCUCGAUAUUUGGGGGCCAGCACGCGCUUUGGGAGAGAUGGGGUCCUCCAUGUGAACGAAGCCGCCUCUGCACCCUCGCUCUAUCAGGAAUGAUGCUGGGAACCUUCACCAUCAUCCUCCUGGGUGGCAUCAUCAGCCAAACCCUCGGGUGGCCUUUUGUCUUCUAUAUCUUUGGAGGCAUUGGCUUCGUCUACUGCCUUCUCUGGUUUGUUCUGCUGUAUGAUGACCCCGUCUCUCACCCAUGGAUAAGCGUCACAGAAAGGGAGUAUAUCGUAUCUUCCUUGGCCCAACAGGUCAGCCCUCAUAAGCAGCCUCUUCCGUUCAAGGCCAUGCUCAGGUCUCUACCCCUGUAUGCCAUUUGUCUGUGCAGUUUCAGCCAUCAGUGGCUGAUCACCAUACUGAUUGUAUACAUGCCAACUUACAUCAGCUCGGUGUUCAACAUUAAUAUCAGAGACAAUGGGUUCCUGUCUGCCUUUCCUUUUAUCAUUUCCUGGGUCACUGGUAUCCUGGGAGGCCAACUGGCAGAUUUCCUCCUGACCAAGAAUUUUAGGCUCGUUACCGUGAGGAAAAUUGCCACAUUUCUUGGAAAUUUCCCCUCUUCAGUGCUCCUCGUGGCUCUGUCCUACCUCACCCCUGACUACGUCACCACAAUGACCCUCCUUGUAGUCUCAUGUGGGUUAACCCCCUUCUGUCAGUCAGGGAUCUAUAUCAACGCCUUAGACAUUGCUCCGAGGCAUUCCAGUUUUCUCAUGGGAGCCUCAAGGGAAUUCGGAUACACAGCAGCUAUCCUGGCACCCACCAUCAGCGGGUUUCUCCUCAGUCAGGGUCCCGAAUUCGGAUGGAGGAAUGUCUUUCUGUUGUUGUUUGCCAUUAACCUAUCAGGAUUGAUCUUCUACCUUUUAUUUGGAGAUGCAGUUGUCCAAGACUGGGCUAAGGACAGGAAACUCACUCGUUUAUGAAGUUAUCUCACCUCGGUAGGAUGGAAAGUCACUGGGCACCUCUCUUCACAAAGGAGAAGCCUUCAGUGAUGAGAAGACCAGGGGAGAGAACCUUGUUUGCUGCCAUUCUUUUCACAUCUGAGAUCGGUUCUUUAUGUUGCUAAGAUUUCCUCUGGGGGAAAAUAUCCAAUGAGUGAAAAUUCAAAUAAAGUGAUAGCCACGAACAAA